AUGUCGAGCUCUGACCCUCGUCGACAGACCGCAGACCCUCAAGACGAGGAUGAUGACCUUCUCGAUGCGGACGAGGCGGCCGAGGAGAUAGCAGAAGAUCAGGAUGUGGACCAUCCUAUGGAUGACGAUGAUGACCUCCUGGAAGAAGAGAUACAACUGCAAAAUGAUUCCUCAGCACACUUCGAUUCCCAUACCGACUCUAUCUUCUGCAUUGCGCAGCACCCUACGAAUCCAAAUCUCAUAAUAACGGGUGGCGGUGAUGAUGUUGCAUUCCUCUUUGACGCCUCAAUUCCCUCUGGUCCAGUCCUACCGAGCUCGUACGAAUCAAACCCGCAACCGCAGGGGGAACGGCAGAGCAUUGCCCCAUUUCAGAAACUUGAUGGACAUACCGACUCAGUCAAUGCUGUCACUUUCACAUUGCCCAAGGGAGAAUAUGCGGUAACUGCAGGCUUAGAUGGUAAAUUACGAGCAUGGAAGCCCUCUGACCCGGCCUUGACCAAGUGGGCAUUUGUCGCCGAAGCCUCCGAAGUUCAGGAGAUCAACUGGGUUGCAGCAUCGCCUAGCCCCGAUCAUCCAAACACUAUCGCUCUGGGAGCAUCCGAUGGCUCGGUCUGGGUCUACCAAAUCGACGCCUCGGACACUUCAAGCCCGCUGACCAUCGUCCAAGCCUUCUAUCUACACACCGCAUCCUGUACGGCAGGAGCAUGGACUCCCGAUGGCAGUUUGCUUGCCACAGUAUCCGAAGAUAGUAGUCUAUACGUGUGGGACGUGUUCAACACCGGUAACGCAGUAAUCACACAUACUGCGGCAGACCAACGAUUUGAAGUCGAAGGCGGCCUCUAUUCCGUCGCAUGCACCUCAUCACUCGUCGCGGUGGGCGGUGCAGGGGGCAACAUCAGAGUAGUGGGCUUGCCUGCACCGGCCGCACCGAGCCAACAAUCCAAGAAAUCAAACACAAAAAGCUCCUCCAAACAAUCCUCAUCUUCAUCCUCAUCCGCCGCAGCGGGCCAAAUCCUCGCCGCCCUACAAGCGCAGUCCGACGGUGUCGAGACUCUAUCCUUUUCCUCCCCACCCCUCACGAUCCUCGCAGCCGGGAGCGUCGACGGCUCCAUCGCGCUCUUCGACACGGCGCAUCGUUUCGCCGUGCGCCGCCACAUCAAAGACGCACAUGAAGACUAUGCCGUGGUGAAAGUCGACUUUGUCCGGAACCAGCAGAAAGGGGGAUGGAUCCUGACGAGCGCCGGCAUGGACGGCGUGAUCCGCCGCUGGGAUGUCCGUGGCGGCACGACCGCCGCCGGCCAGGGCUUCCUCAAAGAAUGGAAAGGCCACAGGGGCGAAGGCGAAGGAGGCGGAGUUCUGGGCUUUGUGCAGGGCGGCGGUGGCAAUAGGAUCGUCACUGCCGGCGACGACGGUGUUUCGCUCGUCUUCAAGGCAGAUAUUGCUUGA